AUGAAGCUUUCCGAUUUCAAUAUCACGGAGGGCCUCCACACACGAUGGUGUCGCUUCAUGAUUCAGCGAUAUCUCGGACAGUUCCUCGAGCAAAAUCUUACACUCGAUCAGCUUUCCGUGAAAUUAAUUGAUGGAGAACUAACGAUAAAUGAAGUAAACAUCAAUGCACAUGUAGUUCUGGUCCCAUUUGAAUUCUUGCCCACAAUUUUGAAUAAAGUUUCAAUUGAAGAAGUCCCAUGGCGUGCUUUAACAUCUGACGCAAGCAAAAUGAAAGUGAGGCAGUUGGAUCUAACAUUUGAAUCUCGAGACGGCGUUAUCGACGCGAUUGUGUCACGCUUCUGUUUGGAACUAGUUGAUACAACGAUACGACUAGAGAAUCCGCCGAAACUCUUGUCAGACAUGUGCACCGCCAUCGAGUUUAGAGUCCGCUUCAUGGACGAACAAAUGCGAAAUUGCCAGCAAGAAGGUAGAAGCGCUGAGACGAUCACGAGUCAGCCACAAGGGAUGGGAAGUAUUGCGAACCUCAACAAGUUUAUGGAUAUGUCAGGUAUUGGUUUACGAUUCAUUCAGGAUCAAUAUUCGGAUAAUAAUUCUAGUCAAAUCUCGGACCCAUCGAAGAAGGAGAGCACGUUGUUAUCCGCCAAAAUUGGAACGGUCCUUGUUUAUAUCCCUCACAAUGAUGCCAUGUCGGUGGAGUAUGUGAAAACCCUCUCCAAUGGUUGCCAUGAAGCUGUAGAUUACAUUCUGAAGGAGUCUGAAGCGUUAGUCGUUUACAGAUAUUUGUUCAAUAGAAAUUUAUUGGUGUCAAAUCAAGCGUUUUCAGGUUUUUCACGAAAGCUGUGGCGAGGAUGUAAGUAUUUUAUUCCUGUUUGGUAUUGUUUUUAUAAAUUCUUAUUCGUUCUGUUACAGUCAAAGGCGUAUGUCUACGUAGGGAAGUGUCGAUGUGAGCUUGACCUGAGUAUAGUGGAUAGAAUCGCGGACCUUUUCGAGCCACGGCCAUUUUUUGACUUACCAUCGUAUAGGAAGGAACCACUACAGCUACGUGAUGACCUAUUCAGUAUACCGCUUGUCCUUGAACAGCCUAGCAAGCUAAUGGUAGUUUUGAAGUGUCAAGCCAUUGAUUUGAAUCUAAGGAUACCUAUAGCUGAUUUGCGUAACCCAAACGGAGCUCGACUGCCAUAUCGCCAGCGUCAUGUUCAUCCCGAAUAUAUUGGCUUACACAUCAGCUCAGUGACUGUAGAAAUACCUAUUGGAGGGGAAAGCACAUUGGUGGAACUGUUUGCUACAGAGAUAUACGGAAGCUUCUGUGGGGAGUCGGAAAAGUUCACUUGUUCGGAUGAAGAUCGUCACUUCGUUUGGGGAGGACAAACGUCUGUAGACGAUGGUAUCAGUGACGAAAUGACAAAGAGCAUAUCACUCUCUGUUAUGCAGUCUUUGCCUCAGAGAGAGGGUCCGUUCGCACAAACUCAUCGCUCUUACCUCCAUAAUCACGAAGAAGGCAAUGAUUUGAUCCUGGCUGGCUCUCGUGAAGAAAUGACAGCAUUCGGCGCUAAAUGUAUCCUGCAGUCGAUAUUGGUGAUAUCAUUGGAUAUACCAAUACUGCGGUUCUUGAUACCUAGUCACUCAUAUCUUGAGGUGCUUUAUAACAGACUGGUAAACGAUCUGCUUCUAUGGCAACCAGCUGCACCCAGUGUGAGGCCAGGUGAUGAUGAUUAUUCAUCCAAUUGGUCUACAAUCUUUCGAAUGAGGUCAGCCAUAAUGCACAGCCCAAUUCCAGACGAGGAUGAUUGUGAGGAAGAACGUUUCACGUCAUCACAAGCAAAUGGCUAUGAUAAAAACAAGUCACACACGCUCUGUCUCCUGUUGAAUGUGAAGAAAGGAAUGAUGUUGAUGUGCACGGGCGCCGAGAAUGCUGAUCAGGGUGAAAAAGGUCAAAUUUCGAUUGAACUCUCGGAUGCACAGUUGUUUACGGUUGCCGGAUAUCAUGGACGCAUAAGUGACACUUACUUCUACUUUACAACACAUACCGUAGGUGUUGGACAUAGGAUGGUGAAUCAAGCAGAUUUCGGAAAAUGGAGUCGUGACGAUACGCAAAUGGACACUAUCCCUUCGACAGAUGAGUUCAGUUCACAGUGUACCGACGACUCUGUUGGCGUUGCAAUCUAUCUAUGCGAGCGGCUUGGGCAGAAUAUCAAGGAUGUUCUUCUCGCUAUUGCUGUCCGAAGCACUUGUGUGCAACUGCGACCUUUCCGUAGCUCCAAAGAAACAUGGAUGUACCAGUUGGCAGAGUUGUUUGCUUUGCAGGAUUACCCUAUACCUGGUUACGAGCUCCCUGUGGUCACGACCGAUUUGCAUAUUCAUUUGGACAACGUAGUUUUGGCUUAUGAUCAUUCAUGGAUAUGUCCUGAUAGCGAUAUUCGAUUACGGUUAGUGCUGGGAGAAAGUGACAUCAGCAGUUCCAUUAUCCAGGAUAUGAAUGCCGCAAAGGUGGGUAGUGAGUAUAUUCGAAAGUGCUCGACUCUACAUGAGUAAUGCGAAGAAGUCGAAGGAUAAUGUUCGUUUUGUGGAACAGCGAUCUCCUGGACGAACAGCAAAGAGCAGCCCUGUAAAACGAAAAUUCUUUAAAGUGGUGGAUGUUGGAUUGUUCCAGUUGGAGGUAUUUUUUGGAACAUUAUAUGAACUUAUUCCCGAGUUCAUCGUAAUAUUAAUGGCCAGUUUCCAAAGAGGCUGUAGAAGAACUCCUAGUAAUAUAGUGUUAUCAAUUAACGCACAUGCGGAGCGAAAUCGAGCAUAUUCUUUGUCAACAGACGAUGAAUUUUGUAUGGUAGAUGAGGACGUCAUUGGUAGCGGGAUAACUAGGGGUCAUUGUCCUUCUCUUCCAGGUUAUUGCCAGACAUGUUUCAGGUAUUUGCUUCGCGAUAUUUCUGUGAGCAUUCAUCUCUUUGGUGGAUCGGACCUCAGUGACGAAACUCCAAAAGAGCGUAGCUACAGUACGCCUGAAUAUCGUGAGGGUAAAGGGAAGAACCAGGUCGUAUCACCGGAUGCAGUUGGUGGGAAACAUCGUGACCACUCCGUUUGUGUUGUGCUCGAGUUGAAAAAGGUAUUUCCUAAUUCUGUAAGUAUUUUUCAGUUUUGUAAUAGUGGUAGUACCUUACAGUACUCGUCUGCUGAACAACCUCGACGAACAUGCGCCCCGAUGUUGGCUAUUCGUAUGGUUGAAUCUCAUAAAAACGAAGGAAAGCUGAGGGUCUCAAUGCUGCCAAUAAAGUUCAACAUUGAUCAAGAUACAAUGGAGUUUUUGGACGAUUUCUUCCAAGAAGUACGAACACGUGUUGUGAUCCCUAAUGAAGUGUCUGCUGCCGUAGCUACUAGACCAGUUUUGGAAGUACCAACUGAAAAGGGUUCGAGGAAAGGUAGUCCACUUUAUCCAUCGCAUAGUCGAGAUACUCCAUUGAAUCUGGAUGUUUUAACGCCAGAAGCUGCUCCUUCAUCUCCAAUAUAUGAUCUUUCUUAUCUGGAAAAUCGAAACAAAUCUACUUCACCUAUGAAAAAAUCUCCCGCCGUUGAUGCUCCCUUGACGGCAUCAGCUGUUUCUAUAGGUAGGAUUUUUAGCUUAUUUGAACUCAUAAUCAAGCUGAAUCAGUUAAUUAAUAAAAUGUUGAUGGAAGCUUCGAUGCACGAAUCAUUCCAUCCCACUCACGGUGAUGUGCUUGUCAGCGACGAACUUGUAGAUACCAGCGGCGAAAUAGACGCUUGCAUGAAAGACGGUGAUAGGGUGAGAUUUUUCGUCUUCUCGCCUGCUGUGUCCAUUUACGUAGACUAUCACGGAAAGAACAAAAUCAAUGUGGAGAGGAAUGGAGCUGUUUUUGCCGUUUUGAGUGGUAUUGGGCAUCUGAAUCGUAGUGAAUUUGUUCUCAAAGAAAUAGUCAACCGAAAUGGAUUGCUGGGCGUCGGACGUUGCAUAAAUGUUGCUGUAGACGAAUGGAUGGCGGAUAUCAAGUCUAAUUUGCCUAGCGUCCUAGCAAGUUGUGGUCCAAUAAGUCCAUUCGUACAAAUCGGCAAAGGUCUGGUGGACCUGUUCUGGCUUCCUGUUGCGGAACUGCGCAAAGAGGACGGUCAUGUCGUGAAAGGAAUCCAGAAAGGUGUUGGCUCUUUCGGACUGUCAUCGGCAGCUGGUGUAGUCGGAAUGGCCCAGACUGUAGUAGGGGUCAUACAGAUGCUCGCCGAGUCUGUGCUACAUGAAGUCCAGCCUUCUGCUCCCUAUUUGAAUGAACGAAAUCGUCGAGCUGCAGCAGCAAGAGCAGCUGCCCCAACGGAUCUGCGCCAUGGCUUACAACUUGCUUAUGAUAUAGCUUCAGAAGGUUACCGACAAGCUCGCGAUGAUUUGGAAUUAGCUGCACAGGAAGACCGUGCCUCAGGACAGUCAUCGUUCCGCAGUGUUCUCAAAGUAGCACCAAAAGCUAUCAUUGGCCCGUUGGUCGCUGGUACCCAAAUCGGUUACCAAGUUUUAGGAGGUAUCCGAAACCAGUUAAGGCCUGAUGUAUAUCAGGAUGAGCGUCAUAAAUGGAAAAAUGAUGAAGUCCCAGGUGGUAGUGGACAACCUUAA